AUCCGAGGGCUUCGGCCGGGAGUAACCCCGCUCGCGUGACCUUUACCCUCCAUUCCGCUGCCGGCUGGGUGAGAGGGCGUCGGUUGGGCGCUGGCCCCUGGCCCUCCCGAGCUCGGGUUCUCUCCCCUCACAGCCCCUCCGCGCUGCUUCUCGUCAUGGCGGCCCUCAGCAAGUCCAUCUCUCAUAACUGCUACGAGAUCGGCCACACUUGGCACCCUUCCUGUCGGGUCUCCUUCCUGCAGAUCACCGGGGGCGCCCUGGAGGAGUCCCUGAAGAUCUAUGCUCCGCUGUACUUGAUUGCAGCAAUUCUUCGGAAACGAAAAUUAGACUAUUAUUUACACAAGCUACUCCCUGAGAUUCUACAAUCUGCUUCAUUUUUGACUGCUAAUGGGGCCUUGUAUAUGGCUUUCUUUUGCAUUUUAAGGAAGAUACUUGGAAAAUUCUACUCAUGGUCUCCUGGCUUUGGUGCCGCUUUGCCAGCAUCUUAUGUGGCCAUUCUGAUUGAAAGAAAAAGCAGGAGAGGGCUGCUCACAAUUUAUAUGGCCAACUUGGCCACAGAAACACUAUUUAGAAUGGGUGUAGCAAGAGGAACCAUCACAACAUUAAGAAAUGGAGAAGUCCUUUUGUUCUGCAUCACAGCUGCCAUGUACAUGUUCUUUUUCAGGUGCAAAGAUGGUUUGAAAGGAUUUACAUUUUCUGCACUUAGGUUCAUUGUAGGGAAGGAAGAAAUUCCCACACAUUCCUAUUCACCAGAGGCAGCAUAUGCAAAAGUGGAACAAAAGAGAAAGGAACAUGAGGAAAAACCAAGAAGAAUGAAUAUAAUUGCUCUAGUCAGGAAACUUGUAGAUUCAAUAUGCAAGCAUGGACCAAGGCAUAGGUGUUGCAAACACUAUGAAGAUAAUUGCAUCUCUUAUUGCAUUAAAGGUUUCAUCAGAAUGUUUAGCGUGGGAUACUUGAUCCAGUGCUGCCUUCGAAUUCCUUCUGCUUUUAGGCAUCUGUUUACACAGCCAUCCCGGCUCCUUUCUCUCUUCUACAAUAAAGAAAACUUCCAGCUCGGAGCUUUUCUUGGCUCUUUCGUUACUAUAUACAAGGGUACUAGUUGCUUCCUACGCUGGGUCAGAAACUUGGACGAUGAACUACAUGCUAUUAUAGCUGGUUUUUUGGCAGGUGUAUCAAUGAUGUUUUAUAAAAGCACAACAAUUUCCAUGUAUUUAGCUUCCAAAUUGGUGGAGACAAUGUAUUUCAAAGGCAUUGAAGCAGGGAAGGUUCCCUAUUUUCCUCAUGCGGAUACUAUCAUCUAUUCCAUCUCUACAGCAAUUUGCUUCCAGGCAGCUGUCAUGGAAGUUCAAACCUUGCGACCAUCUUACUGGAAGUUCCUUUUAAGGCUCACCAAGGGAAAAUUUGCUGUCAUGAACCGAAAAGUACUUGAUGUUUUUGGUACUGGUGCAUCUAAACAUUUUCAGGAUUUUGUCCCCAGGUUGGAUCCAAGAUAUACGACUGUAACACCAGAGUUGCCCACAGAGUUUUCUUGAAGAUGAUUGUAAUUUAUGAAUGAGACUUAAUGUUUUAUCAUUUUAUCCUGAAGAGUUCAUUAUGUUGAACACAAAGAAGGGGGCCUGAGCUUGAACUUCAGUGUUAUUUCAAUGAGAGAUGCUCUUUUUUAUUUUUCUUACCAUCAGAAAUAGAGAAGCUUUUUAGGAAGGUGUUGCUUUAUAAUUAAGCUUUCUCCAUAGCCAGAAUCUGAUUCUGGAUCACUGCUGGCUGACAUUAUGGUAUAUUGAUUAAAUUAUGUUCACAAGCAAUAUAAAAUAACCUAUGUAGAAAUGUAGUAAGAGUACACUUAGGAUUACUUUAAAUGAUGUCUUUAGUUCAUUCCAAUGUAAUUCUUGGUUGAAACUAAGAAUAUUUCUACAUUUUAGAAUUUACAAAGGAUCACGGGUACAUGGAUUUGGUUUGCAUUUUUUUUUUUUUUAACUUUUGAAUUGGUAUCUGGAGUAGUGGAAUGUUAUAAAUUUGAAGUAACUCUCCACAGACAAUGCUGCUUUAGUAUGGAACAUUUUAAUUGGAGAAAGUGGCCAUUCUUCAGGGAUGCAAAGAUUGGUCUCAUACCAUUUGGAUAAAUGUUGUGGUAUCCAUGCUCUUGUUUCCAACCGAUAAUAUCAUCUCUCUCCAUGACUAGUUGGGCUAUUUGGCAGCCCAGUGAACCUAUGUACUAGUGGCAGGUUAGGAGCAAGUGGAAAUUGACACAUCUUAUAUAGUUGAAAUGUAUGUUUUAUCUUUUACAGAGUCAUUACACUUGAAUAUUUUAAAACAAAUAUUUAAGAACAAAACUUUUAGACCUCCUGUAGGCUUACUAUGUUUGUUUUCAUUUAUAAGGAUUUUAUUCAUUAUAGCUCAGUUUUUAUGCUGUUAUUGUUUUAGAAGGGAUCAAAAUGCUAUGGAACAAAAGUAGUUUUGGCAGAUUUGGCAGUUUAUGUCUUAUCAACUGUGUGACUUAUACAAUGGAUGUUUUACAGAACUAAAAACAUUAUAAAAACCCAGUGAUUGCUGAAAAGUUCAUAUCAUCACUAAUUGCAUUCAGGUUAUCUAGCCUCCUUUUAAAAAAUCAUUGUCACCAUUUUUACCAUUAGAAUAAGGAAGUGACAAAAUGCAGUCACUGCUGAUUAUGAAAGUAGUUCAGGACAGCUGUGAUUAAAGUAUGAUCACUAUUUAGAGUUUUCCAGGAAAAUGUUAUACUUUUCUAAGUUAAUAAAAAGCUUAAGUUGUGAUAUCUACAGUUAAUGUAACAUAUUGGAAUGAUGGUAUUUUUUAAAUAUAAUUAUGUUGCUGAAAAAAUUUUUUUAGACUGUUACAGAUUAUGCAGUAGAACUUGUGUGGCAAAAGGAAUUAUAACUCUGACUUUAAAAAUGCUUAUGCUUCCAUAUUCAAUUUCAUCAAGCCUUGUAUAGUUCUGUUUAUGUGUAAUCCUAUCCUUGGUGGUAUGGCAAAUUGAAACCCGAAAAAAAGCCAGACUCUAGUACCAUGGUAGCCACUUUAAUUUGGUCAAAAUUUUGCAUAGUGAUUAACUUUUUAGAAUUGACCUGUCCAUUUGGCAUUACUGUUAAAGUAUCAUUUUGGUUUCAGAAUUCAAAAUUGAUUAAUAAAUUUAGUUUUAAGUUUUUAUUCACUGGAAUCAAAAUGGCGAUUGGUAUAGUGUUUACUUUCAAGAUGAAGUAUUAAAGCACUGAGAAAGCACUGCCACCUUUACCUCAUUUUCUCUAUUCAGAAAUUAUGUUUAUAAUAUUUUCCUGUCAGAGUAAAAAAAAAAAACAAAAACACUUUCAUCCAUAAGUUUUAUAGUUUUCAUUGACAUUGAAAGACUAUGAUAUUGAAAAACAGAUUCUGAAAUUUGCUGAGACUGUUAAGUAAAAUUUUGUUGGUCAGGAGGUGUAUUUCUGCAAUUUACUUUUUUUUUUUUUUUUUUUUUUUACAAAUUGCAUUAUUUUUAUUUUAUAUAAAAUGUAAAAUGAAAUAACCAUCGUGAAGCAGAAUAAAAUAAUGAAUGUAAUGUAUAGUUUGAAUAGCUUGAAUGAAUAGUUAACUAAUUUGCAGUGGAGAAUUAAAGUCCAGUUUGAUUUCAUUGA